AUGGGCAGCGUCUUGGACAAGAACUCGGCGCAAGUCCGCAAGCGCAUCGAGAGGCAUACUUUCGAGGGCGAGGAUGGCGAGGAGUAUGAACAGUCCGAAUUCCAUGGGUUUGGAGGCUACUUUCGCCGCAAGAAGAUCAAAUUGCAGAAUCUCGACGCGGAGUUGCGCACUGCGUCUGGAAAGCCCCAGAUCUUCAAGGGUAUUGUGGCGCACGUCACUGGAUAUACGCAACCGCCUUUACACGUUCUACAUCGCGAGAUUGUGCAGCACGGCGGCGGGUUCCUGCAGUAUCUCGAUUCGAAAACCAUGGCUACUCACAUCAUCGCUUCUACAUUGCCGCCGAAAAAGUCAGUGGACUUUAGUCGCUAUCGCAUUGUCAAGCCAGGAUGGAUCAUGGACUCAAUCGUGGCCGGAAAGCUGCUUCCGUGGAACGAAUACCGUGUGCUGGAUGAGGGCCCUCGUCAGAAGGUGCUGAAGUUUGACGGAAGCAAAGGCAUCACACAACAAAGUCCGCAGACGAAGCAUGGCUAUCGCUCAAGGCGGUAUAUCAUGCAUGUCGAUUUCGACAGUUUCUUCUGUGCCAUAUCGCUAAAGAAGCAUCCCGAACACAUCGACAAGCCAGCUGCUGUCGCGCAUGGAAACGGCAAUGGCUCCGAAAUCGCUAGCUGCAAUUAUCCUGCGAGAGCCUUUGGUGUCAAGAAUGGCAUGUGGAUGAAGAAGGCCCUGGAACUAUGCAGCGAUCUCAAGAUACUGCCAUAUGACUUUCCAGCCUAUGAGGACGCAAGCCGGCUGUUCUACGAAUCGAUUCUGCAAGUUGGUGGGACCGUGCAAAGUGUCAGCAUCGACGAGGCACUAGUCGAUGUUUCGUCUAUUGUGCUCGAUGCCGCUGGCUCGCAGGGCGUGGGGGUCGACGAAGGCAGCAUAUGGCGCGAACAAGAGAAGGUCGAUGCUAUGGCUCGAGUUCUGCGAGACCGCAUAAAGCAGAAGACGGGCUGCCACGUUUCCAUCGGAAUCGGUGGCAACAUUCUUCAGGCCAAGGUGGCGCUCAGGAAAGCUAAGCCUGCUGGACAAUAUCACUUGAAGCCCGAGGAGGUACUUGAAUUUAUUGGUCAGCUACAAGUCGAGAACUUGCCUGGUGUCGCCUAUAGCAUCGGCAACAAGCUCGAGGAAUUGGGUGUGAAGCUGGUCAAAGACUUGCGGGAGCUCUCACGAGAGCGCCUUUCUUCGGUCCUAGGACCAAAAACAGGACAGAAGCUAUUCGAGUAUGCUCGCGGAAUUGACAAGGCUGAAGUUGGGGAACAAUCCCCACGCAAGUCUGUCUCGGCUGAGGUCAACUGGGGAAUCCGCUUCAUCAGCCAGGAAGAGGCUGAGGAAUUCGUGCGCAAUCUUUGCAAGGAGCUCGAACGUAGGCUGCUCAAUGAGCAGGUUCGGGGCAAGCAACUCACCAUGAAGAUCAUGAGGCGCUCUCUGGAUGCGCCGCUGGAUCCUGCCAAACAUCUAGGUCAUGGCAAGUGCGAUGUGUUCAACAAGAGCAUCGCGUUUGGCGUCGGUACGAACAGUCACGAGGCUAUCGGCCUAGAGGCUGUGAAUAUACUCCGCUCCUUCAAGUUCAGCCCGGGAGACCUCCGAGGACUAGGCGUGCAGAUGACCAAACUCGAGCCCAUCAGGACCAAGUCAUCGGGGCCUGAAGGUAGCCAGCGGAAAUUGUUGUUCAACGCAGCAAGCGGACCAACAGCAAGGCGCAAGUCGGUGGAAGCUGAAGCGAUUGAUGUGGAUGACACACCCGUCAAGAAGAAGGAUGUGCCGACGCCCAGUAUUGAACACGAUCCAAUUGCAGAUGAUCCAAUGACUCCUAAAAAGCAAAAGGUCCAUCCUGCUGCUGCUCUGGCUCGUGUCGCGGCCAGUGAUCCCAAGGCGAAGACGCCGUUGAACGUUGCCGGCACGCAGUUCCUGAUACCCAGCAAUGUCGACCCAGCAAUACUCGCAGAGCUGCCAAAUGACAUUCGGAGCAAGCUCAUGGCCCAGGCAGCGCCCGCGAUUCAUCAAGCCUCAAAGCCGCGCUCGGAGAGCCCGCUGGCCGAUGUGUUGUUGCCUUCGCAGGUCGACGCUGAAGUGUUCGCUGCGCUACCGGAGGACAUGAAAGCGGAAGUCCUUGCCACGUACGCAAAGCCUCAGGUUAUACAUCGAUCACCACAAAAGGAGAAAGUUGUACAACUCAAGAGACAGACAACACCUACCAAAAGAGGUGGCAUCCGCGGCGCCUUCAGUAAAGCAACGCGGCAAAGGGACGCACAGGCUGGUCUAUACCAGACCAAUUUUCGUAGCCUCCGCACAGGAAGUGAGCCUGUCGUGGAGCAGCCUGUCGAAGACAUUGAUCCUGCUUUCUUGGCGGAGCUUCCCGAGGAUGUUCGCAAAGAGGUCAUUGCUGACCAUCGUCGACGCCGGCUGGCCGCAAGAUCUGGUCUCGAUGCUCCGAGCCGCCGGCAGCCUCUGAUCUCUGAACCAUCGGCAGGUCAGAAACGGAUAACCUUCCCAGCGCCACCGCCCAAAAUUGCAUUCGCGCAGUCGGGUAUGUCCAGCACGCAAGAGAUCAAGGACAUGGUCGAUGCGUGGCACACCGAGACGCGUGCUGUCGGUCCUCACCGAGGGGAUGUGGAGGUGCUGUCCAGAUACCUACAGCGGGUCAUACUCGAGGAGCGAGAUAUGGAGAAAGUAAGCAAGGUGUUCAAGUGGCUCGUUCUCAUUGUUGAACAGGACGGAAUCGAAGGCAAGGGGCUCGAGUCGUGGAGGAGAGCCGUCGAGGACGUUAAGGAUGGUAUCCAGGCGGCCACCAGGGAGAGAGGGCUGGGCAUGUUGGAUAUAUGA